UCCUGUUCCGGGUCAGCGCGCGCGCGCGGUUCCACCCCUUCCCCCCCGCCGCGCGCAUUGGUGGGGGCCGGGCAGGGAAGUGGUGGCUCCACCCCCACUCCUUCCUGCCUCCCUUCCCGCCGCGCGCGUUUCGCGCCUUCUGUCGCGGCGUGGCCGCCAUGUCGCUGUCGCUGGGCGGGCGCCGGCGGGGCCGGGUCGCGCCGUGGGGGGCGGCGCCGGCGGGGCCCGAGACGCCGUGGGCGGCGGGCGGGGCGGUGAUGCGAAGCCUGUACCCCGAGCUGCAGCAGGAGGAGGCGGGGGUCGGGGUGGGGGCGGGCCGGUCCGGGGUGCCGCGCCCGGGCCACAAGCACAACGGGGCGCAGCGCUGGCCGGCGCGGGCCUGCUCCGUGCUCUGCUGCCUCGUGGCCGUCUGCAUCCUCGCGCUGCUGCUGGCCCUCGCCGGCCUCGUGCUGAGGGAUCUGCAGGCUGAGCAGGAGAAGAGCGAGGAGGCCGCGGAGACCCGCCUGCUGGGAUUUUGGGGUCUGCUUAUUCUAGCCUUGACAGCAGGGCUCUCAUGCUGCAGCUUUUCUUGGACAGUGACAUAUUUUGAUUCCUUUGAACCUGGAAUGUUUCCCCCAACUCCGCUUUCACCUGCACGAUUCAAAGAUGGCAGAAAAGCUAUGCAUUUGGUAAUCUGGCCAGCAGGGCGGCUGACGGGACAUUCUUUUCACAUUGGUUAUAGUAUGGCAAUCCUGAAUGGCAUCGUGGCAGCUCUUACUGUGGUGUGGUGCCUGAUAUGAAUCCUACACUGAUUCAGACUUUAAACACAUUCUUUAGGAUGCACAUGGAUCUACUUCAAAUCCUCUAGGUUGAGUUUCAAUAGCACUGUGAAACAACCUUUCAGUUUUUUACUAGAAAUGCCUCACAGUAUGUUCCAGAGAGAAAUCUUUGGGCAUAAAAGGAUAUCCUGGUCAGUUGCAGUAGGAAGGGUGGAAAACUGCCUAAUGCUUACAGACAAAAUAUAAGUAUUAAGACAGAUUCACAAAUUGAAAACAAUUUUAAAUCCCUACGAUGACACUUUUUAUACUUUAGAAUAAUGUUUCUUUAAUAUUAGUGUACUAACAUUAAUGUACUACAGGAAGCAUAGUAAUAAUAUAUUGGACAUGCAUAGCGUCCUAUUUUAAAAUGCACGGUGUUAAUUAUAAAACCUGUUAAUGUUCUUUUUGCCGUCUGUAUGGCAUAGGCAAUGAAAGCCAGGCUGACCUUUGACAUUUCUGUCUGCUUUUCCAAUAUUACCACAGUACUGUUUAGGUUCUAACAUUGCAGGGAAAUUGUUACUUAAACAUUUUAUUGCAUUUAAAAAACAUAAAAAUAUAUUAGACUUUAUAAACUACUUUAUCUCUUUCUAUAUAUUUACAUAUAUAUAAAUGACCUAAAUCUUUAUAUAAACUAUGUGAUAGUGUGGCUAGCUGGGAAGAAUGUAAUAUGCUGCAAUUGCAGUGUAUGCAAAAAUUUAAAAAUUGUCUUAUGAAUGUAUGGAAACUUUCCAUUUUGUGCCAAUGAAUUCGACAGAAUAUUGCUUUAGCUCUUUAUACAUUAUAUACAAUUUUGAUAUUUUUGACAUUACAAUAGGAUGCUCACAUUUUAAAUGCAAUAAUUAUUUUUAUGACUUAUGCUUAUUUGUAAUAUAUGUAAAAGUAAGAUUUUUUUUUUUUUUUACAGUAUUUUUUCUGUGCUUUUAAAAGUAUCAGGAGCCUAGCAGUUGCACUGUUUAGAAUGUCAUCUGUCUGUACAUACUUAACAUGACAUAUGGUUGUUUUUGUUGAAUGCAUAUUGGUUAUAUCCUGUUCUUAAAAUACUAAGAAUGAGAUUGAAAGUGAAUUUGUAUAGUUUGAAAAUUAACGUUCUGAAGCAUGUACAGAUUUGCAGUUCAGUUUGAUUGGAUCUAAGCAAAUACUUUUACAGCUGACUACACUCUAAAAACAAAAUACCAGAGCAAUGUAUUUAUGUAUAAAGGUGUGCCUGUUAUAUAAAAAGAGUAUUUAUAGGAUUGUUCUUUUGUAUAAACCUACAUAUGUACAUACAGGUUCGAUUUUUGUUUUGUUUUUACAGCUUCAGGUCCAAGCAUUUGCUGAUAAUAAAUUCAUGAAAAUUUG